AUGAAAAAUACUUAUAAACAAAGUAGACUUAGCGCAACGUAUUUGGAAGGCUUUAAUUAUGACUUUAAUAAAAGAACUAUCUUAAGAAAUACGUUCGAGCUUCCUCAAAUCAAUACAAGCUAUGCUGCUCCCAGCAUAUUAAAAAGAAACAUUACAAGAUUUAAAGGGACUGAUACACAGAGGUUCUAUAACGAUAAUUCAUUGCAGAAAAACCUAAAAGACAGAGAAAAAAUUCAAAAAAUUAUUAAUGAAGAAAAAGAAUUAAUAAAAAAAUUAGAAAAAGCUCAUCAGAAAAGGAUACUUAUGGAAGGUGCUCAUAAAGCACAGAUAGAAAGGGCUAGGGUUCUUGAUAGAUAUAGGGAUCAGCAGAAAGCGAUAGAGAUUAAGGCUGCAACUACAAUUCAAAGGCAUUUCAGAGGAUAUUUUACUCGACAAAAAUAUAAUCGUCUCUUAAGGUCAAAAAAUAAGGAAAAAUUAUUAUGAAAAUAAUUGAUGGCUUGUUCUAUUUUUGCGGGAUGAGUAAGCAGGUGUUAAAGACAAAACUUAGCCAGGUCAAUGAGGAAUUAAAUAAAUUUUAUUUGUUCCUUGGAAGUGAAAAGACAAAGGAAAUAGUCAAAAUUCAGCAAAAUAUUAGGCUAUGGCUUUUUAGGAGAAGAUUAAAAGACAAACAGCAUAUAAAUGAAGCUGCUCUAAAAAUACAAAGAUCUAUUAAAGCAUUUUUGUAUAGAAGAAGAUUUAAGAAAGGAUUAGAGAAUCUAACUUCUUCAAAUUAAAUUAACUUUUUAUGAUUAAAUACUUAAAAGUUUUUAAAAAAAGUAAUUUAAAUUUUUGAUAAAAGAGUAAGGAGAAAAGAGCUCCGACGAAGAAGAAGGACAAAAAAGCGAAAUAAAAGUAUUUCUGUAAAGGUCGUGGAACAGGCUACCCCAACGGUUACACUUUCAUCUUCUAUUGAAGAUACCAAAAAUUUAAACGUACCUAAUCGUGAAAAAACACCAGAAAGAACUGACGCCAUUUUAAGUGAAUCUGAAGAGUCAUUUAUUUCAACAGAUAAUAGGUGAAGUAUUGAAGAACCCAAAAUCAGUCAAGAAAUUCCUUUAAAUCAGCCAAGCCUAAUAUCAAAAACACUAUUUUCCCUUUUGACUAGAUAGAAAUAUUUUGUUCCUUAAUGGAGUGGAAUUAAAUAUUUAUUACUUAUAAAAUAAAUUAUUCACGAUAAAAAAUUAUUUAAAAUAUCAAAUUUAUGUAAAUUUGAAAAAUAAAAUUACAAUAAAAUAUUUUUUUUGAUAAAAUAAUAUCUUGUACAAAGCAAAGCUUAGUUAAAGUAGAUCUGAGUCUGAUUUAAAAUAAAUUUUCUAUCCUAAUCUUAAUGAAAUUUUCUUCAUUUUUUUUAGUCUAAUUUGGAGUAAGGCGAAAGUUAAACUUGACUUAUCUGAAGCCAACUGAAGUAUUUUAUAACAUAUUGCUCAAUAUCUUGGCAUUCUCAACCUAAAUGAAUCUUUUAUAAAAUAAUAAUUAUACUUAAAAGAUUUAAACACUGAAUUAUUAAACCACUGCAUAUUUCUCAACAAAAGAGACACUCCAAUUCCUCAUGCUCAAUCUCCAAUCCCAAAAGUAUCAAAAAAUAGAAAUUUUUUAAGGCCAACUAUCACGCACCAAAUAUAUACUUCCCAAACCCACAGGUAUACAUCUUCAAGUCCAGUAUGAAAAUACACACUCAACAAUAAUAUAGCUCCAACCCCACCUUUACCAAAGUUGGUAAAGAGAAAUAAAAGCAAAUUCGGGCACAAAAAGUCAAAAUCUCACAUAGAAACUACUCGGAUUAAUUAUGAAGAAUCCAGCUCAUCAGAAAAUUCAAAUUCUUCAUUUGAAUAUUUCCAGCCUGAGCACAAAUCAGUUAGACUUAAGGAUGCCCUGCCCGAUUUGUGGACAAUCGUCAAUAAAUUCGGAAAGAAUGAGUUAACUGAUGCCAAAAAAUCUCAAUAA